AUGUUAGCGCUACCCACACAACGUCACCAUCUUUCAACCAUACCGUCACCACCAUCUUCACAUUCCUCCUAUCAACAACUACCCCAGCCAUUCGCUGCACAACACCUCUACGACCAGAAGCUCCUCAACGACUACGUCGAGUCUCAGCAACAAAUUUACGGCACUUCGUCUGGUAGUGCACCCAACCCGUACAUGACGAGCGCAUAUACCGAUUUCGCAAACCCGGCCAUCCGCAUUCAGCAGUCGACACCAACACCGCAGCUUCCUCAGGGCUUCGCACAACCCCCGAUGCUUUCGGCCAACAACACCAACACUGGACUCGAGUCCUGGAACAACUAUGGUAACGUGCAAGGUCAAUCUCUCCAGACACCUUCGCAGAACCAGAACCGCAACCGCGGCCACCAGCGCGCCUCAUCAUCGUCUUCUGUAGGCUCGAGUGCCUCGCAGUACCAAGCCGUCGGACCUUCAUCAGGCUACCAGUACGUCGCUCGCCCUGAAUACUCGCCUUCGCACGAAACCGCGCUGGCUGACUCAUUGAACAUGGCUGACAUAUCCAAAAGGUCGUUCCAGAACCAUCUGCCUACACCCUCUCAAACACCUACUCAGGACUCCUUCAUGAACAGCAACAACUUCAGCAGCAACUUUGCCCCAAACAUGGACCACACCAUGUCAGCCCAUAUGUCGAUGAAGCAAGCGCUCAUGGACCAAAGUGAUGACGUACCAGACUACGCGCACUCCACUGGGCAAUCAGUAUCAAGUUACGGUCACGACUCUCCUGCUACGCCACACACAGCACAGGACGACAUGGACUUCAAGACGCCUGCCAAUGGUGAGGACCUCUGCAGGAUAGACUCCUGGCUCUUCAACCAGUUCUGUGCUUACAAUGAACCAGAUAUGCGCCCUGUACCCAAGUUCGAAAGGACAUACACCGACAUUGCGGCCGACACUGGCUUCUACGAGCCCAGUGCCGUCACCCAAACAGUGUCGCAAUCAAAGCCAGCACAGUCUUCGUUGCUCUCGCCAUACCGCAGCAACGCCAACGAAAACGUACAGCGAGCGCUCCAGGCAGCGCAGUACGCGCGCUCACAGUCGCCAAGCAGCACUGCCUCAAGAAGUGACUCACCCUUCCGCAAGAGCUCACCUUACCGUCAACCGAGCAACUCGUUCAACUCCCCCAUGAACACUGCUGUUGCUGCACGUGAGCAAAAUCGCCAGGCUGACGCGGCUUAUGCUAUGAAGUCUCAGAUGCAACCGAGCGAUGAUUCCGAGCCAAAGACCAUCUCCCCCAAGGAUGCCCUACUGGACUUCCGGGAAUCGGACGAAGAGUCCAAGGUUCCACUGUUUCCGGAGAGUGGCGCUAGCGAGUACGACGGCCAAUACAACGGUGGCGAACAAUAUAGGACUGCUACUCAAUCCAGCUUCGACGCACCAUCCUCAUCACAGUCCUACGGUCGCGACAGUUGGGCAACACCACAAUUCUCACCAAACUUCUCUACUGCAACCGCUCCAUCAUUGCAACAGUCGUCCAGCUUCAACUUCGCCACACCAUCAAUAGGGAACAUGCACAGUUUGCCUAUGAACGCACCAUCUCAGUACCGAUCAACACCCAACACUAUGGCGUCGGCUGUCGACCAGACACCCGAGUUUCCUGCACACUUGACGUCGAUGGAAUCCAGCGCAAGCGAAGCUGAGCCACCGAACGGCAGCCAGAACAGCGUCUUGUCCGACCGCUACAUGACAAAGCCAACAUCUACCACUGCUGAGUCUGGUACCUACUCAUGCACGUACCAUGGCUGCUCCCAGCGUUUCGAGACCCCACAAAAGCUUCAGAAGCAUAAGCGUGAGGGUCAUCGAAGUGCCAAUCUCAGCACGGCUAUGACGUCGGCGGCUAUUUUGGAGCGUAAUUCGCAAGCGGGACCCCACAAGUGUGAGCGCAUCAACCCCACGACUGGCAAGCCUUGCAACACUGUAUUUUCCCGCCCUUAUGACCUCACACGUCACGAGGACACAAUACACAACGCGCGCAAGCAAAAGGUUCGCUGCGCACUUUGCGUCGAGGAGAAGACUUUCUCGCGCAAUGACGCAUUGACACGCCAUAUGCGCGUCGUGCAUCCCGAGGUCGACUUCCCCGGAAAGCACCGCAGGCGUGGAGGUAACCACGACUGA